AUGCCGCUCGAAUCGACGAUGAUAUGCUUGGACAACUCGGAGUGGAUGCGCAACGGCGACUACAUUCCCUCGCGUCUGGAGGCGCAGCACGACGCCGCCAACCUGCUGUGCGGCACCAAGACGCAGGCCAACCCGGAGAGCACCGUGGGCGUGCUGGCCAUGGCCGGCAAGAGCGUGCAGGUGCUGGCGUCUCCGACCGACAACAUGGGCACGCUGCUGAGCGCCAUCCACCGCGUCAAGAUCGGCGGCACCAUGAGGCUGGCCAACGCCAUCCAGGUGGCGCAGCUGGCGCUCAAGCACCGGCGCAACAAGACAGGUGGCCAGCGCGUCGUGGUAUUUAUCGGCUCGCCCAUUGAGGAGGACGAGAAGCAGCUGACCAAGAUCGGCAAGCUGCUCAAGAAGAACAACAUCGCGGUGGACGUGGUGAGCAUGGGGGAGCUGGAUGCCAACGCCGCCAAGCUGCAGGCGUUCGUGGACGCUGCUAGCAGCAACAGCAAUAGCCACCUGGUGACCGUGCCCGCGGGUGUGCUGCCCUCGGACGUGCUGGUGUCGUCACCUGUCCUUCACGGAGACGACGGUGCGGCUGCGGCCGCUGCUGCUAGCGGUGGUGGUGGUGGCAACGAUGCUUUCGCCGAGUACGGCGGCGUGGACCCGAGCAUGGACCCCGAGCUGGCCCUGGCUCUCCGAGUGUCGAUGGAAGAGGAGCGUGCGCGUCAAGAAGCUGCCCAGAAGCGCGCGGCCGAAACGGAGGCCGCCGCUGCCGCUGCUGCUGCUCCGGCUCCUGAAACCCCGGCUGCUGCACCAGCUACCGAAGCGGCGGCACCGCAGGCGGAGCCCAAGCAACCCACACAGACACCAGCGCCCGCGACCGCAGUGGCUGCUGCCCCGGCCGCCACGUCGUCGCCCCCUCCGGCGCCAGCCCCGGCCUCCAACUUGCCGUUCAUGGACCCCAAGUUCGUCAACUCGCUGCUCUCGGGCCUGCCUGGUGUAGACCCGAACGACCCCAAGAUCCAGGCUGCCAUGGCGCAGAUGGCCAAGAAGGACGACAAGAAGGACGGCGACGAGGAGAAGAAGGAGGACAAGUAG